AUGAGGUCUGAAGACACGAGCACUGCCAAUUCUCCUGGCUUAGGUGGCCGCACAAAUCUGAGUCGACGUAAUGACACCAGGAGCAACAGCAACAGCAGCAGCAGCAGCAGCAGCAGCAGCAGUGGACAACGCAGCUUUCCACACGUGGACAGUGCCUAUUACCACGACAUUAUUAACCCAGCCGCGUCGUCUUCAUUUCCAGACGCAGCCUUCACGACAGCUACGGCGGUGGCGGGUAACCGCGCCUUGACCGGAGCGUUUUCGAGUAGCUCAACCAUGCACUGCGCCGCGUCGAGCGGGGGCCUUUACAGCUCUGCGGCUGACGCAUCCUCGCUACCUCAGCACUUGCCGCCUCGCUGGUUGCGGCAGCCGGGCGCUUUGUCGCCUCCUCGGACUCCGCGACCGCACGACCAACAGCAGCUACGACUAGCUACACCGCAGCCAUCGACGCAUGCUCAUGAAAACACCGAAGCGGCUACUGUUGCGAGCCGUCAUGAUUGUCUGGAGUCAGCCUCGUCAUUGCCUCAUGCAGAUGGUCGAAUCGCUGCAGCCGCUAUCGCUACCGCUGUACCUGAGGGGUCGUCGUCUUCACCAUAUCGCCGGUCACACACGCGGUCCGAGGCGCGCCUAUCCCCACCAUCUGCUGCCCACCGACGCACCUUUUACUUUCGGCCGGUGCGCACCGCGGAGUCGGUUUGUGUGGCUACGACGGCGUCUUCUUCAGAGUGGGUCCUCCUGAACGUUGGCGGCCGGCUCAUCACAACGACUGUCGGAACACUCAUGGCGGACCCCGACAGCGUGCUGGCGUCGCUGUGUGCGUGCCUUGUGUCUUCGCCAAGGCGGAGUGACAGCGUUGCCGGAAAGAAUAGCGGCUCGCAUCGCAGUACAGUUGUCACAUCACGGGAGGUCUCGGGACGCUGUGGAGCGGUCGCUGAGACAACGUUUCCUGAGGAGGAGGUGCCCGGGGGUGGAGCUCGGUGCAACUCACCUGGGCGCGACAUCUACAUUCACACUGCCGACCUCGCUGACAGCCGUGACGCCGACGGCUUGCGCAACAGGUCAUCUGAGAGCGGUGGCGCCUCCGCGGCCGGCGCUGCCUCCGUCGGCAGUGUCUGUGCGUCGCCGUCACCGGCUGCUGAGUAUGGGCUGUCACGUGUGCCCCAGCAUGACGAUGGUGGCGUGCAGCACGGUGGCGAUCGUUCUUCUCCAUUUUCUAGCCUUUACGCCUGCCACCGUCCAACGCACCGCUCGACUACCUCCGCUGCCUCGACAUCAACAUCUCCACAGUCGCCGCUGAAGCACCUGUCGCCUCAGCAGUCUUUGCGUCCCGCGAUGCGCGAAUCGCGGCCUGACUACGUGGCCGCCCACACGACGCCGCCAGUUAGUCUGCCAGUGAAUAUCAGCGUUGGCGAGGGCGGCGACGGCGAGGCGGUAAGUCCGCAACAGACGGCCUCUACCAUUCCCCUCGACACGGAUGGCGCCAACGCCAUCUUGCUUGACCUGGACGCUGACUACUUCCUACCGGUCUUGAACUACCUGAGGCAUGGUGCCGUCAUCAUCCCGCACCAACUCAGCGUGGCCGGCGUGCUGGCGAUGGCGGAGUACCUGAACGUGAUGGGGCUAGUGCGGGCACUGCGCCGUCCACAGAUGCCUCGGCGCGUGAUGCUGUUCAGCUGGGGCUCUGGCAGCAACGGAGAGCUGGGGACCCACGCCACACGGGACGAGCCGACGCCGACCAUGGCACAAGUGACGCCGUUCGGCGUGCGGGUAUGCGAAAUAGCGCUGGGGGCAAACUACAGCUGCGCCUUGAGCGACACCGGUAGCAUAUACACUUUUGGCAGCGGGGAGUGGGGCCAGCUGGGCCUCGGCGGAAGCGGGUGUCCUGUGCGCGGUGGCAGCAGUCCCCCAGGAGGUGGCGGUAGCAACGGUGUCGGUCAGGAUGGCGUCGAGGCACCGGUGGAGGUGCUUACCCCACGCCGGAUUCCACUGUUUGAGCAGCUGCCGGCGGUGCAUGUAGCGGCCGGGUACGCAUUCGCCAUGGCUAUUGUAGGGGGCCACCACGUGUACUUUUGGGGAAACAACAACCAUGGCCAAAGCGGCCGCGGACGGAGCCACUUCGACUUGUCGACGAAGAAGGUAGAGGCGCCAGUGCUGGUGGAAACGUUGGAGGGCAAAAACAUCAUCCAGCUAAGCUGCGGCAGCUUCUUCGCACUGGCUCUGAGCGCGGAUGGCUCCCUGUACAGCUGGGGAUUGGUCGACUGCGUCGGCCUCGGCACACCGGAGGAGGUGGAGCGACUCUAUCACGGUGUGCUCGGGGAGUCCCUUAGCAACGAACGCCGCGCUGUAGUGCUGACGCCGCAGCUGGUGACCGUGAAAGGCAGACGGCGGAUCGCUCCCGGUGAGGCAACUGUGACUGUGCCAGAGCGUAUUGUGCGCAUCCGUGCGGGACAGUGGCACAGUGGCGCCAUCAACGAGCACGGAGAGCUCUUCACGUGGGGUGUGGGCUAUCAAGGCCGGCUCGGACACGGCUCCAAGUCACCAGCCUACGUGCCGACGCUGGUGCGCGGCGCUCUUGAGGGCCAUCGCGUAGUGGACGUGGCUUGUGGCUCUUUCCACACCGUCGCCCUCACCGCUGCCGGUGCCGUCUUCUGCUGGGGUGACAAUGCGAGUGGGCAGUGCGGCACCACCGCGGGCAGCCCCGACGCCUUCACAGCGCCGUAUCGGGUCGUGGGUCUUGAGUACGUGGCUGGUGGUGUUGCGCGCAGCAUCGCUUGCGGCCGGCAACACACCGUCGUAGUGAUGGAGGGCCCACAGCCGUGGUGCCCGCAGCCCUGCUGCCGUGUCGACUCUGCUGAGUUUGGGUGCCACUCCCAUGCGCAGGUCUACUGCUUUGGCGAGGCAACCCGGACGGCAAACGCAAGCGGUUCGAGUGGUUCUGCUGUGGCCGCGGCUGCUGUAAGUGGUGUGGCGCGUGGCACUGUUUCCUCCGGUCACCUCGGGCUGCCUAUGGCUGCCAUCAGUGCAAGUGCUCUCCCCACCUCGCCAAGCCAUGGUCCCUUUAUGACGGGCGGUGCUGCUGCUGUGCUCCCGACUAGCUUGCCGCUACCGUGGACGGGAGGCCAUCACCACCCACACUAUCAGCUCGUGCCCGGCCUGCAGAUUGUCGAUGUGCGAGGUGUUGUGAGCGGGCUGCACCACACCUUCGCUUACGUGGAGGAGAUUUGUGCUGACGCACCGCGGGUCGUUGACCGCUUCGUGGAUGCACCGUCCGCUACAGCACGCGGCUGGGAGCACCGACCGAGCUACACCCCUUGUCUACCACCGCUGCUGCCACUCCAAGGGGCAUCGGCAGCGGAGAGUCAUGUGAGCCACUCGGCGUUCGCAUGGGGACCAAGCAGCAGCAGCGGCAGCGGCGGGGCAACCAUCAGCUGGACCCGGUCGUUUGCGCCACCACCACUGGCAUCGCAGCGGUUAUUGUCCGCGUACCGCGACCCAUGGUCAGAUGCCCCGAUUGAGAGCAGCACGGAUAACAUCAGCGGCCGCAUCACGCCCCUCACCCGGGCCCGCACGAUGCACGCGAGGUUGUGGAGCGGCGGCUCCAUGGAGGCGCCCUUCCCAGGUGCGGCUUCUCAGCAACAGCACCAUUACUUGAUGAGUCCCCUUGCGCGUAGGGAAGAUGCUGCGUACGUGGAGGUGAGUGGCAGUACCGGUGGUGAAGGGCGACAUGGUGGCUCUGCUGGUGCUGUCUGA